GCGUGGUGGCGGCGGACGCCUCGCACUCGGCGCCCCCCGGGCCUCGGCUCCCGGCCCCGCCAGCCCGCCGAUAUUUGCCUUGCAUCCAUUCUCCCAGGCCGUGCUUAAAGCUCAGAUACAAAAAUGAGCACGAUGCUUUCCCUCUUCUCAAGUGUAUUGGAUGUUCACAGUAUAAACAGUGGAAGAUAACUGAAUAGUGUUUUUGCUUCUUUGAUUAGUCUACUUAUAAUAAAUCACAACUACACGGACAUUAUUGAAUAAUUACAGAGAUUAGGAAGUGGCUGCCUGAACUGUUUCCCAAAGGAUAAACAUUACAAAGCACUGAACACGGCAGCUCACCAAGAAAAUCCUAUUGGUUUGGGGCAGGGAACACAGCUUCCAGUAGCUACAAGGGAUGCUGCUGCUCGGGUGCCAUCUGAAACGAGCUCCUCACAAGGUUUUGUGUAGCUUCUGUGCAGGGAUGGGGAAGCUGCAAAGCAAACUCAAACACAGCACUUAUAAAUACAGCAGGCCCGACGAAAUUAUAGAAGAGAGAACUCAAACUAAAGCUUGUCUGGAGUAUAGCCCAGCCCACGUGGAUACGGUUUCGGUCGUUGCUGCCCUGAACUCAGACCUGUGUGUCUCUGGAGGAAGAGAUAAGACAGUUGUGGCCUAUAACUGGAAGACUGGAAAUGUGGUGAAAAGGUUCAAAGGACAUGAGCGAGAAAUCACUAAGAUAGCCUGUAUUCACAAAUCCAGCCAGUUCUUCAGCGCCUCUCGUGACAGGAUGGUCAUGAUGUGGGACUUGCAUGACCCCUCACAACCAAGGCAGCAGUUCUCUGGCCACGCCAUGGUGGUCACUGGAUUGGCUGUGAGUCCAGACUCAUCACAGCUGUGCACUGGCUCUCGGGACAAUACUCUGCUUCUGUGGGAUGUUGGGACCGGACAGUGUGCGGAGAGAGCUUCUGUCUCCAGGAACCUGGUCACUCACAUGUGCUGGGUCCCUCAAGAACCAUAUAUACUACAGACUUCUGAAGAUAAAACCAUCAGAUUAUGGGACAGCCGGGGGCUGCAGGUAGCUCAUGUAUUUCCCGCAAAGCAGCAUAUUCAGACCUAUUGCGAGGUCAGUGAGGAUGGACACAAGUGUAUCUCCUGCAGCAACGGCUUUGGAGGGGAAGGCUGUGAAGCCACGUUGUGGGACCUACGGCAGACGCGGAACAGAAUAUGUGAAUAUAAGGGCCAUUUCCAGACUGUCGCAUCCUGUGUCUUUCUACCAAGAGCACUGGCCUUGAUGCCUGUAAUUGCUACCUCGUCACAUGACUGCAAAGUGAAGAUUUGGAACCAAGAUACUGGAGCCUGCCUGUUCACCCUGUCCCUGGAUGGAUCAGGACCUCUGACCUCCCUGGCUGUUGGCGACACCGUCUCCUUGCUGUGUGCAAGUUUCAGCAGAGGAAUUCACCUACUCCGAGUGGAGCGGGACCCCGGGCUGCAACUGCGGGAAGUGGCGGCCUUCUGAGGCCCAGAGACACUGGUCAAUAGCAAACCGUGGCCCGUCCUUCCUCUGUGUGGCUUUGUUUUUCCCCGUGAUCUUGCGGGGAGGGCGACGUGGGUCCUGGAUCCUCUGCAUAGGUUCACUUGGCAGGUGCAUCAGGGCUUGAAGGCCAGGUGCAGUUGAGAAACGUGGGCCAAGCGUAAGGUUCCCCAUCUCGGUGCAAACCACAAGCAGUUUGCAGGAACCUUUGGGACCGCUCUUUACAAAGUUCGUGGCUCCGAACAAUGAGCUGUAGGUGUAAGAGUGAUCGCCUCUGUCUGUGAGUCCGAACGCAGGGUUGAGUGUACUGGACUGACCUGUUCCAAGCCUCCCCAGAAGACAAAGCCUCAGGCGGAGCGGCGGUGUUCAGGUGGCCUCCUGGUUACCCAGCCGGGAAAGGGUAGCGCAGCCCCACAGGGGACAUGGCUUGCGGAUAUGGGAUUCGGCUCCGGCCACUGCUCCUCGGCGAGGUGAAGAAGUCUUGGCUUCUACUCGGAGGAGCAGCCGAGCGCAGGUGGUGCAUCCUACACCAGCGCUGAGGAGGCAUGGAAAUUAGACCCCAGGUGGCUUGAAAAGGCCAACGACUGCAGGGCCUUGCCCCGAAUCCUAGUUAUCAGACCUGUGCUGUGCAUAAGAAAAUGGAGAGGUUCUAGAGAUUAAGGCUAAAAAAAGUGUCAUUUGUACA